UUAUGAUCUGGGGGGGUCUCUCAGAGAUGCCGCCCCCUAUUAUGAUCUGGGGGUCCCUCGCAGAUGCCGACCCCCCCCGGCCCGUUCGCAGGUUCCUGCAGGACGAUUACUCCAUCCAGGUCUCCAUCAAUGACCACCUGGACAUUUACUGCCCCCAUUACUCCUCGCCCACCGCGUGGCCCGAGAGCUUCACGCUCUUCAUGGUGGACGAGGACGGCUUCCGCCGCUGCUCCGAGAGCCCGGCCGCCUUCAAGCGCUGGGAGUGCAAAAAUCCCUUCGCUCCCUUCGUCCCGGUUCGAUUCUCGGAGAAAAUCCAGCGCUUCACCCCCUUCUCGCUGGGCUUCGAGUUCCGGCCAGGGGAGACGUAUUACUAU